ACACUUACCCCAGAGAUGCUGCUGCUGCUCCUGUGGCUGCUGGCCCUGCUGUGGGCAGGGUCCCUGGCUCAGGAUGGAAGAUACAAGCUGACAGUACAGGGGCCGGUGACGGUGCAGGAGGGUCUGUGCGUCUCUGUGCCCUGCUCAUUUCAGUAUCCAUGGUCCUCCUGGUACAAUCCUCCCCCGGCUUAUGGCUACUGGUUCCGGGAAGGGGCUAAGGAAUUACAAGAUCCCCCUGCAGCCACAAACAAACAAGAUCGUCAAGUGCAGGAGGAGACCCAGGGCCGAUUCUUCCUCCUUGGGGAUCCUGGGAGCUACAACUGCUCCCUGGACAUCAGAGAUGCCAGGGGGACCGAUGAGGGAACAUACUUUUUUCGAGUGGAGAGAGGAAGUCCCGUGCAAUAUUCAUACAAAAGGAACUUGCUCACCGUGUAUGUGACGGCCCUCAAUCACACACCUGACAUCCUCAUCCCAGGAACCCUGGAGUGUGGCCACCCCAUGAACCUGACCUGCUCUGUGCCCUGGGCCUGUGAGCAGGGCACACCCCCCCUCUUCUCUUGGACAUCAGCUGCUCACACAUCCCUGGGACCCAGGACCCACCUGUCCUCUGUGCUCACUCUCACCCCACGGCCCCAGGACCAUGGGACCAACCUCACCUGUCAGGUGAGGUUUCCUGCAGCGGGAGUGACAGUGGAGAGAACCAUCCAGCUCAACGUCACCUGUGCCCCCCAGAACCCAGCAAUUGGUGUCAUCCCAGGAGACGGCCCAGGGGAACCAGAGACCAGAGCAGGCGUGGUUCAUGGGGCCAUCGGGGGAGCUGGUGUCACUGCACUGCUGGCUGGCUGCCUCUGCGCCACCUACUUCCUAGUGAAGAGGACCCACAGGGAGACAUCAGCCAGGGAAGCAGGCGGCGUGGACGACACCCACACUGCCGUGGCUCCUACGCCCCUCCUGAGUCCCAGUCCCAGGGGACUGAUCCUGCGUAUUAUACAGAAACUGUGCCUGCUUUACUGUGUGGACAGUAGUGCCAAAGGGGCAGGGUCCCUGGCUGAGGAUCAAGGAUUCCGGCUGCAAGUGCAGGGGUCUGUGACUGUGCAGGAGGGCCAGUGCGUCUCCAUGCCCUGCACUGUGUCCUACCCCAAGAUAGGCUGGACUGAGACCGCCCUAGCUUAUGGUUACUGGUUCCUGGGAGGGGCCAAGUCAGGCGAGGAUGCUCCUAUGGCCACAAACAACUCCAGUCUUCAUACACCAACACCUGACAUCCACAUCCAGGGGACCCUGGAAUCUGGACACCCCAACAAUGUUACCUGGCCCCAGCACCACGGCACCAAUCUCACCUGUCAGGUGGCCUUGCCAGGUGGUCAGAUCAGGGAAAAGACCAUCCAGCUCAAUGUGACCUACCCCCCACAGCUGCAGGGACCCUCCUGCUCCUGGGAGGACGAGGGUCUCCAUUGCAGGUGCUCCUCCCGAGCCCAGCCAGCCCCCUCCCUGCACUGGUGGCUGGGGGAGGCCCUGCUGGAGAGGAACCACAGCAAUGCCUCCCACACAGUCACCUUCCACUCAGCAGAGCCCUGGGUCAACAGCUCCCUGAGCAUCCAUGGGGAGCUUGCGUCCAACCUCAGGCUGGCAUAUGAGGCCCACAACGCUCACGGGAAAGAGACAGUGACUGUCCUGCUGCUGCCAGGGAGACCAGGAUAUGGGACAGGAGUGAUUCAGGGGGCUCUUGGGGGAGCUGGUGCCACAGCCCUGCUGGCUGUCUUCCUGAGCCUCAUCAUACUGAGGAUCUGCAGGAAGAAAUGGGCAGAGAAGGCAGAGAGCCAGGAAGGCAUCUCCCAGGGUCACCUGAAGGCACCCUCCUCCCACCACCUGCCCCCAGUGCCAGCAGCCUCCCCCUCAGAGAAUGAGCUCCACUACGCUGCUCUCAGUUUCCACAACAUGAAACCACACAACCCUCAGGCCCAGGAGACCCCGUACUCUGAGGUCAAGAUCUGGAAAUGAUGGCACAACCCCACCUGCAGGAGCUGGCUGGAGCCCAGAAAAAGCAUCUCCAAAAAGAAAGGUGUGUCAGGGUCCGAUUCUUAAACAGCUAACAGCCCUCUGAGCCAAAGGUCAUGAAUGGAAACAUGAAGUUCCUUGGAGUG